UCUUAAACAGGUUUCAUGUCGUACGUAUUCUGGCAUCCCACGCCGAAUUGCUUAGUCACGGCACCCAUACUGCGGUCACCAAGGGAGUCACCAGAUGUUCUUGCUUCUAUGACGAGCGUUAUGCAAAGCGGCAGCAUGAGGCGGUCUCUGCUUGCCCACUAACGACCAGAACUUAGUAUUGCCUGACGUUGAGUCCUCUAUUCUACAAAAGAUCCCUUAUAACAUCUAACCCGUUAGAGUACAUUUUGGCGCAGCCGUCGGAAGUCGUGGUCCCUGCGACGUUGCUAUGUAGAUGGCCCAAGCCCCUUGCCCCCAAAGGAGGCUUGGCAUGUCACGACUCCAUAGACCAAUCCUAGCGGCUUGGACGAAAAAGGUGCAACAUGACCACUACUUCAAGGAAGCCAAGAAAACGGGAUACGUUUCCCGAGCUGCGUACAAGCUACUGGAGAUUCAGGACAAGCACAAAAUCAUAAAACCAGGUGGUACGGUUCUGGAUCUGGGUUGCAGUCCGGGCGCCUGGAUGCAGGUGGCGUGCCAGCAGCUGGGCCCCCGGGAGCGAGGUGGCACCGUGCUGGGGGUGGACAUUCAGCCCGUCACGGUUCCCGAGCGCUACUGCGACAACCGGGUGCACGUCAUCCAGGCGGACGCGCGCACCCUGCCGCCCUCACUGCUGCAGGAGUAUGCGCCCGGGGGUUUCGACACGGUGUUGUCAGACAUGCUGCAGUUCACAAGCGGGGUAAAUGAUGUGGAGCUGUCGUUAGAACUGGCGGGUACGGCACUUCACAUCGCCACGGGCUACCAUUUUGACUUGUACGGCGAGGCCCUGGCGCAGCAGCUGGGCUUCCGGCACACGGGCUUCCUGCGGCCCGGGGGCGCCCUUGUCAUGAAGGUGUAUGAGGGAUCUGGGACGUUGGAGUUUAUCCGAGACAUGCAGCGAUACUUCACCAAGGUGGUUCGCAUGCGCGUGGACGCAAGCCGCUCAAUGAGCCGCGAAUUUUACGCUGUUGGUCUUGGGCGCAAGCCACCGCCCAAGUCGUAGCCAGGGAAAGGGUGUUGAAUGGAAAUGGAAUCAAAUACGUUGGGCGUUUUGUACUGGCAGGCAGUUGGCAAUCAGAUGCUUGUGGCGAAGAACCUUCCAUGUCUUAUUGGGGACCUUCAGGAUAGUAAAAGACACGAUUGAUCUUGAAUAGGUCUUGCAACUGGACCCUGUGCAGUAUUGAACGGUGCCUUGGCAUUACUCCGCGAACGGACAGCAAUUGGAAAGACCGAAGUGAUCUUGAAUACUUGCGAUAACAAUGUAUUGCAGCGGCUGGGCUCUGAGGCCACCUGAGGUUGCCUCAUGCCGACACGGUCCAGCGCACCAACAAGGGCUUUGGCUUAUUCCAGCCAGCUUGAGAACUAGAGAUUGCCCAAGAGGAUUAUUGGUUGCAAAGGCUGCAGGCGAUGCAUCGUCCAGCUCGGUUUCGGGAAUGGAAGCCACGCGGACAGUUAGCAGCGGCAGGGACGUGGACGCGCGGACCCGUGCCCGCCGCAGAACCACUCAACAUGUCCAACCUAAUCAAAUUCCUUCUCGGACGGCGGUCAGCGACGGUGGCAUAUCACCCAUGGCAGUCGCUCUGGCCGCAGUUGCGGGUCUGGGCGUCUUGGCAGUCAUGUACAAGAAGUUCUUUUCCAACGUGACAUCCCAAGCGAAAACCGUUGUUGAGACGCUGCCUCAAACGGUUGCCCAGGGCAUCCAGCAGAAGCGUCUUCAACGCGAUGCCCAGGGACGUCUCAACGAGAUGUGCGACCAGCUGCGCACGCUGCCCUCCGUUGACCUCUCCGCAAAGAACCUGGGUGACGAGGGUACUGCCUACGUGGUGGAGGCGCUCGCCUUCAACACCGCGUGUCGCGCCCUGGACCUCUCAAAGAACGGAAUCGGCAUCGGAGCGGCGGGGCCCCCGGGCACCGCAGGCUCGGCUGCAGGUGCAGCCGCCGCUGCCGCCAGCAGCAGCAGCAGUGCUGGUGGUGCUGGUGCUGGGGAGGCUAGCAUUCCGGGCGGUGUGGGUGUUGCUGCGCUGUUGCAGGUGCUCCCCAGCUGCGUGCUGGAUACGCUGGUGCUCAACACCAACAGCCUGGGGGACGCGGGGGCGGAGGUGCUGGCGGGGGCAGUUGCGGCGCACCCGCACCUCACCACGCUCGACCUGGGUCAGAACGGUAUCGGGGACGCGGGCGCCACUGCCCUGGCCGAGGCGCUGCGGCUCAACACGCGGCUCAAGCGACUGGACCUCAGCGGCAACGCAAUCGACCAGGAGGGGGCGGCGGCGCUGGCGGCAGCACUGGCAGCCAACAACACGCUAGAGGUGCUGGUCCUCACCGACAACUACCUGGGUGAGGCGGGUGCGCUGGCGCUGGCUGACGCGCUGCGCUCCAACAGCAGCCUGCAGCAGCUGCACCUGAAGGGGAACGCGAUGGGGGACGCGGGGGUGGCGGCCAUCUGCGAGGCACUCAUGUCGCACCCCGGCGAGGUCCGCGUGCUGGAUCUGGGCAACAACGGACUCACGGGCGGCGGGGCGGCGGCGCUGACGCGGCUGCUGGGCCUCAAGCGGUCGCUGCGGGAGCUCAACCUGUACAUGAACGACAUCGGGGAUGCGGGGGUGGCAAAGAUGGCUCACGCCAUAGCGGACAACAAGGGCCUUACGGUGCUGGAUCUGGGAGCUAACGACAUCGGGCCCACGGGGGUGGCGGCGCUGGCGGCGGCGCUUCGGAACCAUGGGUCACUCACCUCCAUCGAGCUGGGCUACAACCCGCUCGGGGCGGAGGGCACCCGCACCAUCGCUGAUCUCGCCAAGUUUGGGCUUCCCAAGCUCUCCACUCUCAAGCUGGGCUGGUGCAAGGUGGCGGGGGGCGACGGGGCUCGCGCGCUGUCCGACCUGCUGCUGCUCAACUCCACACUGACACACCUGGACCUGCGGGGGAAUGUGCUGGGGAACGAUGGAGCCAUCCUGCUGUCCAGGGGGCUCAAGGCUGCGGAGAACAGUAAGCUCGCGGAGCUGGAUCUGGGCUACAACGAGAUCAAGGACGACGGCGCGUGUGCGCUAGCGCAGGCUCUCAAGGCCAACCCCGAGGGCGCACCCCGGGAGCUCAAGCUCAACUCCAACUACAUCACACGCUUCGGCCAGGUGGCGCUCAGCGAGGCGGUCGACAUGGUGUACGACAUGGGGAAGGCCAAGGUCAUCACCGUACACUUCUAAGAUAUACCGGUAGCUAGCGGGUGGGGAAGAGGUCGACACAGUGCAUGUUUAAGAUGAAGCUUGGGAAAGAGCGAAAGGUUCGUUGGACCGACCCGUGGGUCGCAUGGGCGGCAUGUUUGUGAGUGGACAGGAUAGUUGGAUCGAGGUAGGAUGAGUUGAGUCGGUAUAUGCACAGGGUCAGGAGCGGUGUAGGGAUUUAAGUUAAUGGAGAAGAUUAUUAACAAGGAUGUUGAGUUGGUAACAAUAGGUAGAAGGCAUGGGGUAGGGGUUGUGGAGUUGGGUACGGAGUUGGGCGUUGUUGCAAGGACAGGUGGCGUACGUUGUGGGCUUAUGGCGCUUCCAGGAAUGAUUUCAAAAGGGCCUGAGGUAGAGGCUGGUUGCGUUGCGUUGGGCAGCACGCGGGGAUCUUUACUAAGCGAAGGAACACAGCUUGUCUUCCAGGGGACGGCGUCUCUCCAUAAAGAGCGGACUGAUAGUCCGGUGCUAGUUGUGGUUGCCAUGCCUAGGAAUGCCCUUACGGACUUCGAGCAUGGUGAUUGACCCAUAAGUGUUGUGGAGUACACGUAACCACAGUCACCAGGUUUUGGGUGAGGUCCAAACAGAGUUAGAAGACGGUCAUGAGCUGCGGUGCGUUACUACCGCCGGUAUAUGUAACAAAA